UGCUCAAGAAACAGGAAGUUGCAUAUCAUGUCUGGACGUGGCAAGCAGGGCGGCAAGGCUCGCGCCAAGGCCAAGACCCGCUCCUCCCGGGCCGGCCUGCAGUUCCCCGUGGGCCGCGUGCACCGGCUGCUCCGCAAGGGCAACUACUCGGAGCGCGUGGGCGCCGGCGCCCCGGUGUACCUGGCGGCCGUGCUGGAGUACCUGACGGCCGAGAUCCUGGAGCUGGCGGGCAACGCGGCCCGCGACAACAAGAAGACGCGCAUCAUCCCGCGCCACCUGCAGCUGGCCAUCCGCAACGACGAGGAGCUCAACAAGCUGCUGGGCCGCGUCACCAUCGCGCAGGGCGGCGUCCUGCCCAACAUCCAGGCCGUGCUGCUGCCCAAGAAGACCGAGAGCCACCACAAGGCUAAGUAAAGCGGGCUUCAGUAUCCUCCCAAAGGCUCUUUUCAGAGCCACUCACAUGAUCUAGAAAGAAGCUGUUGCAAAACUGAGAUCUAAUCUUGGAGAAGGAAGUAUUGGCUGCCGCCACUUGAUGAAUAGAAUAAGCAGCAGUCCAAUGUAAACCUGCUCUGUCCGCCGUAGGACUUAGGUAUUCAAGUUUUUGACAUUUUAGGAAUCCUUUGUAAUUUGAAAAACUGCUUUCUUAAUUUUUUUCAUAAGAUAACUUUUGAUUUUUCAGGCAGUUUCGCUGAAAACCAGUGUAGAAUAAACUUGUCUGCCUCUGCCUGGAAUAUUGGGACUUCAGCCAUUCCAAGUUGGCACAGGGUACCACCGAUAGUUGGCAGGUCUAGUUAACCUUCAACAGAUGAUGGGAUUUUUUUUUUCUUCACUCUCACUGCAGCAGAACACAAGGUUUCCUAAAUUUUAUAUGUUAGACUUUACCAGUCUCACGCCGGUUCACUCGACCACGUGGUUCGCAUCUGUUGAGGGUAGCUUUGGAUAAUGAAGCCUAGGAAAUUGCUUCCAGCUGAGGAGAUAAAGGAGCAGAGUGUCAGGCGGUAAAUAUCUCAAGUUUAAGUUAAAGUAGUUUAGACAGAGGUGUACAAAGAUUACUUUGUUGGAGGUGUUAUAUGGUCAAAUUGAAAAACCCUGAAUUAGUUUAGCAUAAAAUGUGCCAGGUACACUACAAAUGAAAAAUCAAAUGUAGGCUCUAAAAACUUCCUGUGGGUAUAGCCAAAGUGCAAGGACUGAAAGUCUGAACAAGAGAGACAGGGACCCUGCCUGGCAUAGAUUGUAGCCAUGAUACCUCCAGAAUAAAUAUAUACAUAAAUAUAAAAUAAUUAAAUCAUAGGUGUUAAUGCAAUAAAAUUAACAAAAUAAUGCAAAGUAAAAUUAAAAUUAGAAACAAAUAGGUUAUAAAUGUAAUUAGCAUAAUUAUAAAUAGCCCUGACUUCCAUUUUCAUCAGAUUUACAGGCCUUAACUCAGAAUUCUGAGAGUUGGAAAGCUACAGGUGAUCUACAUGACUGAGGCAGAGAAGGGUGCAGUCUAAGCCCUAAAUUAUUCAUUAGGUAAAGCUCUGAGUCCUAAACCUACAGGGGAGGGGGUUUGGGAAGAGAGCAAGUCCUGGACAGGAGCCCAUCCUGAUCCGGGUACUUUAAAAACCGCUGACUUUCGCCAGAUCAGCCUAUCAACUGAUUUUCGUCUUUUCUCUAUGCUGUGUCCCUUUAUGCAGAAUUAAUUGCAUAUUAAAAACUAAUUUGUUUUCACUAGUCUCUUGAAUUUGUUAUGUAAUUUCCAACAGUGUUCAUAUCAGUUCCUCUCCUCUUUCUUUUUCAUGUGCU